UGUUGUGGGCUUAGUAAGUCAAGAGCGGUGGUUGAGGCACGAUGCGCCUACGCCUCGUACAACUGGUCAUAGUGGGGACCGUGUUGUGCGAAGAAUGGAACAUUUUGGUCCAACCACCUACAUGCGUCCAGAUACCUCGCAACAUGACGUUAUGCUACGGCAUUGGCUACCAGAAGAUGAGGCUGCCCAACCUGCUGGAGCACGAUACCAUGGCAGAAGUGACUCAACAGGCGUCUUCCUGGUUGCCGCUUCUUAACGUCCAGUGUCAUAUGGACUCGCAGUUGUUCCUCUGCUCUCUGUUCAGCCCUGUGUGCCUCGACAGGCUGAUCUACCCUUGCAGGAGCCUGUGUGAGACCGUCAAAAAAGGUUGUGAAGGGCGGAUGAAAAAUUACGGCUUCCCGUGGCCGGAUAUGUUCGACUGCGAGAAAUUCCCAUUGGACAACGACAUGUGCAUCACUCCGCAAGCAGUUCACAAUUCUUUGAAAGGGGAUAAUACAAACUGUUUGACUUGUAAUCAAGCAGAAACUUAUGAAAAUAUCCUUGACAAUUUCUGUCGUUCUGAAUUUGCAAUACGAGCCAAAUUCCGUUACAUAUCUAAACAUAAGCUCACAUGUAAAAAGCCAAAAGUGUUAAAAGGUAACAAUCAAGUCAACAAAAAGUUGAACAAACCCGUAUUGACAUUGGAAUCGAAAGAUAAGUGCUGUGAAUCUACAGCGAGAUCAAACCGCAACACAUACCUCAUAAUGGGUGUCUUUCAGGAGGACAAACUCAUUCCGAGAUUUAUUAUGCCAUGGAGGAAAAAAAACUCAAAGCCGUUUAAAAGGGCAGUGCGUAUGUUUAAAAAGCUCAACUGCAGUGAUCCUAAGCUCGUUUCACAAUCUGUGAUCAAUGAUGCAUUCCCUAAGAGUUUGGACUCGCACGGACACAAGGGCCAAAAGAAGAACAACUCUUCUUUAUCUGCGAAGACGAACAAUUCAAGCACGACAAAACUGAAAGGGGUGCGGAAAUCUAAAAAGAGAAAAUACACUAAUUCAACAGGCUAAAUUUCUUUUUCAAAAUAUUUUAAUAUUUUUUGUUAAUUAUAAUAAAACAUUGCUCUGUAACUUGGAAAAUUAUGUUUUGACAUUAUCAUAAAUGAUUUUUUUUUUUUAAUUAAAAAUACUUAAAAUCACUUUAAAUUGUAAUGUGCAAUAACCAUUGGACCAUUAUAAGACUUAAACUUUUAUUAAACAAUUAUUUCUUAAAAUAUAUAAUCAGAACAACUAAUUACUUUUAUAAUUAUUAUUGUUUAAUAAUAAUCAAAACUUUUUUGAUGUUUGUAUUUCCUUGAUGUGAUGUAUAAGGCACUGAUUUCCUAGUGGGAAUGAAUACAUUAGUUAAUCAACCGUAAUUUAAAAAAAAUCCAUCUAUGGAAACAUGCCUACCACAGGUAAAUUAUUUAUUGUAAAGACAACACAUAUUAUUUUAUGUGUUAAUGUUUUAUUAAUCACUGCAUAUAAAUUGCCUAUUUGUGUUUCACAAUUCCUAAUUAUGCUGAAGGAUUAGAAGUGUUCUUGACUGAUUCAUGAUAAAAUUUCAUAUUGGUUGUGAUCAUUCAUAUUUUUUAUAAUGAAAAUCUUUUUUUUUUUUUUUUUUUUUUUUCAAAAAAACAUGUAGCUUACUUUUGAAAUCAAAUUACUUCUUAGGCCUAUUCAUUACCAUAUAAUCAAGGGUUUAAUGGGGAAAAAUGAAUAAUUACAUUUAAAUAAUCAAUUUUUGUCCUAAUUUACGAAUAAAUUACUAUAAAUCAUACUUUAUACUGAUAAUUAGAAAACAAGUAAAUGAAAAUAAUUUAAAGCAAAUAAUCUUAAUAAAAUUGUGUAAGUUAAAAGCUAGAAUAAACUGGACAAAAAGUGUGUAGGCAAUCUUUUCUUUUCCUCAAAGUAAUUAAAUUGAACAAAGCUUAAGUUACUUUUGUUACUGUUUAAGAAUUACUUAUAUAUUCUAUGACAAGACUUUUUAGCCAUUACAAUCAUUUCUAAAUUAGAUUUCAACUCUAGUCAAAAUAAUGAAAAAUAAUUUGUAAUAAUUUUAGACUUUUCCAUCUCAAGGACACAUUUAUAAAAAAAAAAUUCAUUAUUAAAUUUGUUUUGAUUUUGGUUUACUUAUGUAGAUUUGAUAGGUGUAAUAUUUUGCUUUAUUUCAUUAUUUUUAUAUUGCCAUUUUAUCUGUAUGAAACUAAACAAAACUUUAAAUUUCAAAUUUGACACAAAGAAAUUUAGGCUACAAAUAGAGGAAAACAAUGAAAAACUUUGUAUUUGAUGAAUUAGAUAAAAACGAACGGAUUGAAAUAAUAUAUUAAAUAAACACGUAAAAUGUAUGUUGAAAAAUUGACUUUAAAUGACUAAAACAGUUAUGCACGAAUGUACUAAAACCCAAUCAACAUUGGAUCAACUUUCAAAAAAUGUGAUUAUUUUUAUUUGGAUUUAUUAUAAUUAAUUAAUAUUUUAGGAUGUUUAUUUUAAUAUUAUAGGUUAGCUUCAAAAAUAUAUCACUACAUAUUAUGUCAGUGACUUGUUGAUUAUAUAUAUCUUUUAUACAUAUAUGCCUAUGUACUAAUUGAAAAAAAAUUGUGGCCAUGUAGUUAAUACUAGUCAACAAUAAAGAACACUUCAGGUGC